GGGGCCCGAGCCGUCAUGCCGUGGUUGAGCGGCGGCCGCCGCCGGCGGCGGGGACAGCCGCGCGAGGCCCCGCGGGAGCCGCCGCCGCCCGCGCAGUCCCCGCGGGAGCCACCGCCGUCCGCGACCCCCGCCGCGGCCCCCGCGACCCCCGCGCCCUCCGCGCCGCCACCGCCGCGGGCCCGAGAGAGCGCCGAGCUGCCGUUGCCCGCCGGCUGGGAGGAGGCACGCGACUAUGACGGCCGGGUCUUCUACAUAGACCACAACACGCGCCAGACGUCGUGGAUCGACCCCCGGGACCGGAUAACAAAGCCAUUGACCUUUGCCGAUUGUGUUGGGGAUGAACUUCCUUUAGGAUGGGAAACUGUGUAUGAUAAACAAAUUGGAAUUUAUUACAUGGACCACAUAAAUAAGCUCACCCAGAUUGAGGAUCCCAGAGAACAGUGGAGACGAGAGCAGGAGCGGAUGCUGAAGGAGUAUUUGAUUGUAGCCCAGGAGGCUCUCAAUGCCAAGAAAGAAAUCUACCAGAUUAAGCAGCAGCGGUUCGAGCUGGCCCAGGAGGAGUACCAGCAGCUGCACAAGAUGUGCGAGGACGCCAGCCGCUCGUACGCCAGCUCCUUUUCUGGAUAUUCAGCAAAUACAAAGUACGACCCAUACCAAAUAAAAGCAGAAAUAGCAAGUCGCCGGGAUAGGCUUUCCAGAUUGAAACGAGAGCUGACCCAGAUGAAGCAAGAACUGCAGUACAAGGAAAAGGGGGUGGAGACCCUGCAAGAGAUUGAUCGUAAGAUGUCAAGUGCUCACACCAACUACAAACUGGACGAGGCGCAGGCUAUAAUGAGCGAGCUCAGGACCAUCAAGAAAGCCAUUUGCACAGGCGAGAAGGAGAGGCGGGACCUGAUGCAGAGCCUGGCCAAGCUCACCGAUGGCUUCAAGAACAGCUUUUCUCUCAGCGACCCUCUGCAGGAGUUCCCGCACAAUCCAGGCACGCUGGGUGACUCUUUGCCCCAACAGUUCUGUGACGCCGGCUCUCAGACCGACAUCAUUGGAGAGUUUGUUUUCGAUGAUAAAACAAGACUUGUGGACCGAGUCAGGCUUAACUGGCAGUAUGAGGAAGCCAGAAAGAGGGUGUCGAGUAUCCAGCAGCAGCUGGCCCAGCUCGAAGGCGAGUCCUGGCCGGGCAUGGCCGAGGCCGACAGGGACCGGCUGCAGCUCGUCAAAGAGAAGGAGGCCCUGCUUCAGGAGCUGCAGCUCAUCAUCCAGCAGAGAAGGCCGGCGGAGGACGUGGCGCGGCUGGAGGAGGAGCGGCGGCGCCUGGAGGAGGAGAUCCAGCGAGCACGGGCCACGUCCGCGCAGGGCGCCACGGAGAGGAUUCUCCUUCAGGAAAAAAGAAACUGUCUCCUGAUGCAGCUGGAAGAAGCUACCCGCCUAACGUCUUAUCUCCAGUCCCAGUUAAAAAGCCUGUCGGCCAGCACCCUGACGGUGUCCUCGGGGAGCAGCCGCGGCUCCCUGGCCUCCAGCCGGGGCUCCCUGGCCUCGAGCCGCGGCUCCUUGAGCUCCGUCAGCUUCACGGACAUCUACGGGCUCCCGCAGUACGAGCGGCCCGACGCCGAGGGCGGCCAGCUGCUGCGCUUCGACCUCAUCCCCUUCGACGCCCUGGGCCGAGACGCCCCCUUCGCCGAGGCCGCCGGGCCCUCGGGCUUCCAGAAGCAGCGGCGCUCCCUGGACACGCCCCAGUCCCUGGCGUCCCUGUCCUCGCGCUCCUCCCUGUCCUCCCUGUCCCCGCCCAGCUCCCCCUUGGACACGCCCUUCCUCCCGGCCUCGCGCGACUCGCCCUUGGCCCCGCUGGGGGACGGCGGCGUCGAGGGGCCCGGCCUGGGCGCCUUGGACCGGCUGCGGGCUCCGGCCUCGGCCCUGGGGGAGGAGGAGCUGCCGGGCCCGGCGUCCCUGCCGCCGCACGGGCUCCCCGGGGACGCGGAAGGACCUCGCGAGAGACAGCCCCAAGCGGCGGCUGCCGCUGCUGCCGCGGGUGCAGCAGUGACUCUUCGAGAAGACAGCGCCAGGAGACUGGAGCGGAGGGCGCGCCGUGUGUCCGCCUGCCUGUCUGACUACUCGCUGGCCAGCGACAGCGGGGUGUUCGAACCUCCCACCAAAAGGAGUGAAGAUGCUGAGGAGCCAGCACACGGGGACGCUGGCGGGAGCGAGGGCCCCCAGAUCCACGUUGGCUUCCUGCACGACAGUGCCAAUGAGUGUCUCCUUGUGAACGUGCUGCAGCUGAAGCACUUGGCCGGGCUGCUCGUGAGGGAAGACUGCAAAAUACACAUCCGCGUCUAUUUGCCGCCGCUGGACUCGGGCACGCCCAACACUUACUGCUCCAAGGCUCUGGAACUCCAAGCCCCCCUGGUAUUUAACGAAGUUUUCAGAAUCCCCGUGCACUCGAGCAUGCUGACGCUGAAGUCCCUUCAGUUGUACGUGUGUUCCGUGAACCCGCAGCUGCAGGAGGAACUCUUGGGCAUCGCUCAGAUUAACUUGGCCGACUAUGACGGUUCGGGCGAUAUGCAGCUGCGCUGGUACCCGAUCCAGGUGUUCACCGGCCCAGAGCCGCCCCGGCGGGAGGAUGAGCGGCCAGGGGACGGUGCAGCCCGGGACUCUGCACCCGCCACCUCUGGGAAGACGGACGCUGUGACCGUGCUGCUGGCUCGAACUACAGCCCAGCUGCAGGCGGUGGAGAGAGAGCUGGCCGAGGAGCGGGUGAAGCUGGAGUACACGGAGGAGGAGGUCCUGGAGAUGGAGCGGAAGGAGGAGCAGGCGGAGGCCGUGUCCGAGAGGAGCUGGCAGGCUGACUCAGUGGACAGUGGCUGUAGCAGCUGUGCCCAGACCAGCCCGCCGCACCCAGAGCCCUGCUGCGUUGGCGUCGACUCCAUCCACGGCCACAUGUUUGCUGGCCAGACAGAUCCUUACAGCCCUGGGAAACUUCAGCCGCCACCGCGUAAGGUUGACAAGGAAACCAACACGGAAGACCUCUUCCCCGAAGACGUAGCCAGUCUUCCGAAGGAGCGGCCCGGCCGCAGGGCCCGCGGCUCGCCCUUCGUUCGGAGCAGCACCAUCGUCCGUUCGCAGACUUUCUCGCCUGGAGCCCGAAGCCAGUACGUUUGCAGACUUUAUCGUAGUGACAGCGACAGCUCAACGCUGCCCCGGAAGUCCCCCUUUGUCCGAAACACUUUGGAAAGACGAACCCUUCGCUAUAAGCAGCCCUGCAGGUCCCCCCUGGCGGCACUGGCAGCGCGCACGUCUCUUGACCUGGAGCUGGACCUCCAGGCGUCGCGGACGCGGCAGCGGCAGCUGAACGAGGAGCUGGGUGCCCUGCGCGAGCUGCGCCAGCGCCUGGAGGAUGCCCAGCUCCGAGGCCACGCGGACCUCCCGGCAUGGGUGCUGCGCGAUGAGCGCUUCUGGAACCUGCUGCGGGAGGCGGAGAGGCAGACGAGACAGACCAAACUUGACUUCCAUCAAGAACAGGCAGCUGAGAAGAUGCUGAAGAAGGCCUCCAAAGGGGUGUGCCAGCUGCGCGGGCAGAACCUCAAAGAGCCCAUCCAGGUGCAGACGUUCAGGGAGAAGAUAGCAUUUUUUACAAGACCAAGGAUUAACGUACCUCCUCUGCCCGCCGAUGAUGUUUGAUGUAGUACUUUGUACACAUGAAGUAUUUAUCCACCUGUUUUAUUUUCAUGAAGUUCUUAGACUAGCUCAAUUUGUCUUUAAAAUAUUUGUGCAAAGCUAUUAAUAUACACAUUUUGUAAAAAAAAUAAAUAAAAACAAAACAUAUAUCUAUACAUAUAUAUUUUAUAAUAGUGACGGCAACAGGGCUUGGUUUUUCCUUGUUGUGAAAUUGACAUCUCUGAAGACAGGUUAUUUUAUAAAAGAUCAAUUAUCACGUUAAGAGUGUACAGUUUUUACGCUGUUUUAUUUGACUUAAAGGCUGGAAGACAGAAACGAAGUGAGUUCAGGUAAAUUCACUGUAUUGUAAUUUAUUUAUAGUACUUUUUUUCCUUGAAGGAAAUUACCGACUUUAAGAUGUAUUUUAAGACUGAGAUUUUGUUCUUCAGUAUUUGUCAUGCAGUAGAAUGGAACUUUGGGGCCGGUUCUGUUUCUCGCCCAAAAGGCAAACGGUCAGUGCUCGAUUGGUCACUCUCCCGUUUCUCCUCUGUGCAUUGAUCAUGUGUGUCAUACAGGCUCACCCCUCUGUGUUCUGUUAAGAGGCCGCUCGCAGGGUCCUGGCCCUAAGUCAGUGCCAUGGGCGCCUGGCAGAGCCGGGUCUCCACUGCGAGCUGCGCCCCAAGGGCCCCUCAUUUCCAUCUAGUCUCAUUGCGCCCCUUUGCGUGUUCACCCCGAGUCUGGAGCCGGUCAUAGAGCCCCCGGCAGCCUGGCCCAGUGGACACCCCCACCACUUGCCCUCACCCAGCCUCAGGCAGCCUGGCCUUUCGAGUCUGCUCCGUCUGAUCCUGAGCUUGACAAAGGAGGUGGUGGUGGAGCUUCUGCUCUAGUGCUCUGCCGAGAAGGAGAAGGAAAAGAGACAUGGGAAGGCACAGUCUCAGUGACUCAGCGGAUCCGCUGACAGAUAAGUCACAACAUAGACCCCAUAGCCUUUGAAGGCGCUUCUUUGAGGAAGCCAGCUUACGUGGGUAACUGCGGUUACCCAGCGAGUCACUUUCAGGAGAGUGUUUGCUUUCCAUCAAGCCCCCCACCCCCACCCCA